UGGAAAGUGAACACUGACUGCUUCUGGUACCCGUUGUGUCGCGGAUAUAAAUGGUGAACGUUGUGCUCUACAAUUAGCAUAAUCGGACAGGUACUUCAGUUGUUACAGCAGUAGAAGACAGUUUUUAGAAUAUUGAACUAAUUAUGAAGGUUUUUUCUCAGUUUAUACUAGCAACAUGCGCCCUCUCACUUGUUGUGGUUGCAAACCCGGCCCGUCGACAAGAAAUGUCGGAGAUGCCGAGUGAGGAUACUACGUCUCAAGAAUCUGGUGGCGUAGGGGAGAGUCUUAUUAUUUCUGAGAUGGAAAUUCCUCAAGAAACUGGUGACGUGGAGGAGAGUCUUAUGGUUUCUGAGAUAGCUUUGGAAGAUGAGGUCUCUUGUUUGCCCGAUGAUACAUGCCCAAUCGGUUACAGUAAAGUAGCCAAUGUUAUGGAUGGGGCAGAAGUGAACGAUAUGUUGCCUGUCGAGAGUGAUCCUGCUGAGAGCGACGCUGCAGAGAGCGCCGUUGCUGCCGUUGAAGUAUCACUCCCUGAGGAUCCAAGUGAUGAUGCUAUUGCCUGCCAGUCAGGACCCGUGUGCGAAGAAUCAGGUAUAACCGCGAAUGGCGGCUUUGUAUGCUGUACUGAAGGAUAUAGCAUUGGGGGCUUAACGAUUGGUAUGGAUUUCACCACAUGCGAGUGUAUUCCUGGUGAUGCUGAGGUACGCAGAAGGCGUCAAGAGGAAUCUAUGGCCAUGGAAUCUGACGAACCCACGGCUAUGGAGUCUGAGAAGAUGAUCGAAUCUUCCAUCCCACUUGCCGAGGAAACUAUUGGCAUGUGUAUGUGCAAGAAAGAUACGGAUGAUAUCGAGAGUGUCGAGGCGAUGCCUACUGAAGAAAUGAGUAUGAGUGACUCAGCCACCCAGAGCAUGUAAUUUUAUAGUGAUACACGCUAAAGAGAAAGACCUACAUCAUGUUCGAAGCAGCAGAACAUGUAGACGAUCACAGAACGGCUUCCUGGGCGUUCAUACCUCGUGAAAAUAUAAAAUUUGAUCAGGGCGUAGCUCCUUACGAGCUAUUCAUGACAAAUUAAAUACAAAUCUCAAAAAAAAAAUCGGUUUUAAAAAAUGCACGUCUUGUGGCAGCGCUUUCAAAUCCACAACCUAUUGACAACGAAUUCUCGCAGUAUAUAUUUCAUAAAUAAGAGCACAUUCCACUGGGCGGCAGGUACGCUUCACCCUACUCGACUACAGUAAACUCGAUUCAAUAGUUGUUGUGGAGUAUUAAAAGCAACACGAUUUCAUACAGUACAGAGUCACUAGCACCCCAAUAGGAUUCAUCAUGAUUUCUCCGCCUAUAAGCCUACCUGUCAAUAAGAGUCCACAGCAUCACGCAAAACAAUAUGAUUCCGUAGAUUCGCGCAAGCAAAUAAUUGGUCUGCGAGGACAUUACCAAGUCCAACCUGAUCAGCCACACUUCUAAAGUGUUCAUGUAAAAGUUUUACUCGACAACUAGCUAGUGGAGACCGCAUUUACGACAAUUGUUGAGGGCACUAAUUAUCAACCGCCAUACAUAUUUUUAAUAAUAAGGUUUUAAAAAUUGCAUUGCCACCCGGAACGUGGUAGGACUGCGGCAAGACUGACUCGUGCAUGCGUUAGUCUUAAGCAUUCUCAAAAAGCUAUAUUACCAAAGCUCUACACAAAAAACAAAACUACAGCAACGAAAAACCAGAAAUCAAGACGACUAUGAUCAAAUAUGCAACAAGCACAACGUAUCCCACUAAGUGUGAGCUGUGGUGGUUGUACAAGUAUUUAUUUUAUUUUCGAAGGUUUAACCAACCCUGACAAUCUCUUCUUCCAAAUGCUGGAACUCUUCAAAUGUGUCACUGUCGUCUUCCGGGACAGGUCUCGGUGCGGUCUUGCACAUCCGUUGCAUUUCUAGGGUGUCUCUUGGUAGUUUGCCGGCGAUGAAUACACACAACAUCGCACAGACACCUCCCACAGCGUACGCGAUCCCUAUCGCGCGUUGUAAAUAAUACACAUAUUAUUAGACUUGUUACUAAAUCAUAUUAUUACAAUUGUUCCUAAACACUUCCAAUUGAUCCCUGACGUGCUUUUAUUCUUUCCAUGCCAUCGGCUGCAAUUAAAUGCAGUAUAACUAACUAGAACCAAAUGCAAUUUAGUUUAUCUAAUUGUUCCCAAAUGCAAUUGUAAAGUAGUCCAAUACUAUGCUUAAUUGAGUGUAAUUUACAGAUAGCUAAUACAAAUAGGAGGCUAAGCUAGCUGGAUUUACCAGUCCAAAAUGGUACAUUCCAAGGAACGUAUUUCUUGAGAUAUCAGACAAUGGUGGCAAGCCUUACCGAAUCCGUGAGCAAUACCAUUUCCGUUAAGUCAAGUUUUGCAACGACGCGCAAUAUGACCCAGCACCCAACACACGUCGCCAAACUGAUAGAGCCCUGAAUACACACAUCAAUACAUACCUGGGUAACUAAAUGUGUUCGUACACGUCAGCAGGACGCCA